UCUGUAAAAUGUGUACAGUAUGUAUAAACUGAAGGUAGAAGCCGAAGUGUUAUUGUUUAUUAGUUUACUCCAAUUGGGGGAGGGGUGGUAGGUUUUGCUGGGAAUAAUAAAGGAAUAUUCAAAAACAAGUGUGCAUUUACCCCAAAAAUAUAUGGGGGGAUUGGAAAUGAUGCCGACAAUUACAUUGAUGAAAGCAGCAAUCUAUCUGCAAUAUUAAAGCUGAUCAACCCCUUAAGAGGAAAAAAUAAAUAAAUCAAUAGAUGGAUAUAUUUAUCUUGUGGAUUAGCACACAUUUUAUAAACCAAAUCGCAGUCAAUUUUAAAUUAAUCCCGGGCUGCUAAUUAUUUGUUUGAUAACAAACAACGGUGUUCAGUCAUGUUACCCAUCAAGCUAAUAACCCGGUUAGUUCACCAGUAGGUCUUGCCUAUUGAGUACCCCAGUAUGAGUCAUAAUACCCACAAAACCUAGCUGUAAAACCCUGAAGUGGUUCCAAUCAUUUUUCCACCAUUCAUUUUUUCCGUUGGGGAUUUUCGAACUAUGUCAUAAAAGGUGACGUUUUGAGAACCAUAUAAAUCUUUCUAGGACAAGGUGAUUUUUUUUUAAAUUAAUUUUUUAAUCAAUAUAUUCGUCUGUAAUUGCCCCCCCCCUAAAAAUCUAUGCUAAUUAGCCGCCAAUGUGGCUAUCAUACAGAACUACACAUCUUGUCACGAGCUUUGACGUAAUCACUCAAGUUGCAGGGUGGGGAGAAACCUCCACAUUUCUCCAUGCAAACUCGCAUCGACAAUAGCAACUAACCUAGCAAGUAGAUAUCAGCCUUUUUUUAGUUUCUUGUGUAAAUAAUUGAUAUUGUAUAUUUCUCGUGUGUAAUCUUGUUUAUGCAUUUUAAAGUUACCUAGCUAGCUACCUUAGCAUUUUUUUCUGUAUUACUAGAAUUGAAUUUACCCUGGCUUUUGUAGCCAACUAGCUAACCUUAGGUCUCUCCAUCGAGCAGAAGCAAGGAUGGUUCUGUGCUAUGUACCGGACUGUAACCUCUACUCCGAUAGGCACACGUGUUCUCACUCACUCACUCACACUGGGGGUAAGAUGUAAUUUAAACAUCACAGAUAUAAAUUCCCACUGUGUCCAUGAUAAAAUGCAAUGUGAACUGUUGUACUACUGGAUGAGACUGUGCCUUUGUGAUUACUUUAGUUAGCUGCUUUGAGCUAAACUUGUAUGUUAUAUAACCUAUUUUGGCAGCCUAGUGUGUGUGUGUGUGUACACUAUGUGGAAUAUUCUUGGAGCAGUGGCUUCCCUGAAAACGGGUACUGACAGGAGGAGCGAUAUGAGUCUGUCAGAGGUCGUCACGCUGGCUGGGGAUGGAGGCUUUGGUGGUCCACACAAUGAGAAGCAGGUGUCCCUUCCAGUAAUGUGAAGCUGACCGUGGACCUGGUGCCAGUAAGGAUGGUCUUCACGGAGGCGGUGAUGGACAGUACCCAGACGGAGCGGAGGACAGACUACCUCCAACCGGAAGCCCUUACUACCUCGCCGACCCCUCCCAGCUCUGUGUGUCGGAGCUGGGCGAGGAGGGGGCGAGUGGGGUCCGGGGGCCAGUGCUCUUCCACCCCCCGCCCAACUGUAGGAUCCGAGAGGUGCACUGCGGGAGUCAGGUGCGGCUGGUCGUCAUAGCGAUUCGCGACAUCGCCAAAGGGGAGGAGAUCACAGUGGACUACAGCCUGAUGGACUGGGGAGAGAACGCCAUGGAUGAAGAGCCUGGCCCCCACCCGCUGUCUCUCUCCGACUACCUCACCCCCUCCUGGUCCCUCUCCCCCUCCUCCUCCCCGCUAACUCACACUGAGCCCAGCGAUUCGGACCGAGAGGAGGAGGAGGAAGACGACGAUGACGACGAAGAAGAAGAGAUGGAGGAGCUGAGGGGCCGCAUGCUCCGCCGCCGAAAGAAGCGCAAAAUAGCCACCCCCGUCACCACCACCAAGAAGAAGAGUGUCGCCAACCCCAGGGCCGGACCCGGGCGCCCCUGCUCAUCCUCCUUCUCCCGGCUGGCUGCCUCCUCGACCUCGACCCCGGCCCAGACCCCGUCUCAGCCCGCCACCCCACUGGCGCCCCCCACCACCAACAUCAACAACAACAUCAACAUAAACAUCGGCAGCUCCAGCGGGGCCACUGUCAGCCGGCGGCAGCACUGCCCCUACUGCGGCCGCCACUACCGCUCUCUGGCACGCCACCUGGAGAAACACCAUGCCAACCAGCCAGAGGUCAGGGCUGCCAUGGAGCUAUCCGCACUCCACACACACCCUUCCUCCUCUACCUCCUCCUCGCACGGCCACAUCUUCGCCUCCCCCCAGCCCUCCUCUUCCUCUGCUCCCGCCCCUCCCCCUCUUUUCUCCAGGGAGAGAGAGAGGGAUGCGGUGGCCGCUCGAAGUUCCUCGGGGGCGGUCUCCUUUUCACUUUCACUCUCCCCACCCUCGGCUUCUCAGUCGGCCGCGGCCAAAAAAGCCUCCAACUUAUCGGUUCAGACGCCCAAGCCAGGCUCAGCCCCUGCAGUGGCACCGGUGAAAAGUCCUCCCACAUCCACGCCACCCAGGAGGGGCCGCAAGCCGAAGAGAGAGAAGGAGGAGCAGCAGAAAGCGGGGGAGUCCAUCAGGAGCAAAGAGGAAGAGAUGCCUCCACCUCCUACCCCCAAGCCGGAGGAAGAAGAGCAGGAUGAGGAGCUGAGUGGAGCGGGGACAGUAGAGAGUCCUGGGGACUGGAGUACACAGAUGGCUAGCUCCCACAGACACCACAUGCCCCCUCUCCUCUCUUCCCUCUCCUGCCUGGUGCUCUACCUGAGCCGGCAGCAGCACUCUUCCUUCUUGUCUCUCACUCGCUCCCCCAGUUCGGCUGAGGCCUGGCGCCUCCUCUGCCAUUCCAGCCUGGCGCUGCUCAUCCUCUACAACCGCCACCGAGAGUGUGAGGUGGCCAAGCUCACCACCCAGGACUACCACAACCGCACCACCCCCCCAAGCCCUACCCUGACCCAGGCUAACUCGGCCAACACCCCCCCCACAGGCAUGGAGGCCAUCCUCUCCCCCUUCGAGCAUCAGGUCCUCUGCCACCUCCCCCGGGCAGGUGUGCUGGGUAAGAGGGGGCGUAUCCAGCCCCUCAUCCUGCCCCCGCACUGCGAGUCCUGCCUGGAACUGCUCCUUCAGACCUCCUCCAACGUGGGCGUCGACCCCCACAGCCCCUACGUCUUCUCCCGGCCCUUCCACUCGCCCGCAACGCCUCUCCGGGGCACCGACCUACUGCGCAACCUGGCACGUGCCAGCGGCGCCAAGAACCCCAGGGCGUUGACCCAGACACGGGCGCGCCAGCAGGUGGCCAUUCUCACCCAGCUACUGCUCCUGGAGGAAGGCGAGGGGCAGGGCCAGCCGGGCGGGGCAGCCGCCAAGCGCCUGGAAGACUUCCUGCAGAGGGAGUACCACGUGACCCAGAGCUGUGCCACGAUAGGCCGAGACCCGGCGCUGAUGGGCCGUGUGGGCAGGGUGGUGAUCUAUGGGGAAAAGGAGGGGGUCCUCUUCAGAGGGAUGAGUCUGCAGCACAUCUGUCUGGAGCUGGAUGUGAUGUCAGGGAACUCUGCAGACUCCUUCUCAGACGACUCGGACGUGGAGGCAGAGAAGGUUAAGGAGAAGGUUAAAGAGAAGGUUAAGGAGAAGGUGGAGGAGGUGAAGAAGCAACCAGGUCAACCCCCCAGCAAGAAUAAAGCCCCUGCUCCCUCCUCCGUCAACCCCUCGCUCCCUGGUGCCCACAAGAGGAGGAUCAUACAGCCCAAGUCAGGGAAGCGUGGGGUGCUGAAACGGCCCUGGUCGGAGGCGGAGCGCAUCGCCGUGGAGACGCACCUGAAGAGGAACAUCAUGGAGCAGCGCGUGCCAGCCAAGGCGGACUGCGAGCGCUGCCUGCAGCUCUGUCCCCUGCUGGUCAGCAACCAGCGUGACUGGAGAGCCAUCAAGUUCUACUGCCACAACCGCAUCCAGCUACUGAAGAAGCAGGGCAGGAGGGAGAGGGCAGGACACUCUGUUAGAUAGAGAUGGGAGAGAGCGAGAGAACUGACUUCUACCAUCUGGAGUGACCCUAUUCUAGUCCUGGAGAAGUGCAGUCUGCUUGUUUUUCGACCGAAUUUACCUGACCUCUGACCUGACCUUAGAGGUCGUUCCUGGGACUAGGUGUGCAGUAUCAGUCCUAGCCGUGUAGCCCAGUAAUGCAGUGUUGUCUUCAUCAAGAGUCAAGGAGAGAAUUAACUGGGAUUAGUUGAAAUGUCUCCUCUGACCAGAGGACAUAUCCACAUAGUGUCUCAAAAGGUUCUAGGAAUCCUGUUAAAACCGUUUUUUAAGACAAAAAAAAAACUCCCAGCUCACAGUAGGUUUUAGGAUGUUAAGACACUGACCAGACAAACUCUGAGCCAGGAGUAACAUCAACUCCUAAAAAGGUUAUCUCAGCUGGUCAUCACGACAGUUUGAGGUACCGAUGGUGAUGACACUCAUCGUUGUAAAUUAUGGGAACUAACCAAUCACGAAGAGGCAUGGCCAGCUGUGAACUGUAUAGCACGUUUCAGACACCCAGAUGAAUGUGACUGUACAUCAAAUGUUGUAAUGGUAAAACACUUGAUAUAAUUUGUCUGACAUGAUCACUUUGUCUACUCCUAAUUAUUGCCUAAUAUGUUGGCGUGCAUAACCUUCUUUUUUAUUUUAUUUUACCAAUUGUGAUGUUUGUUAAAAGCGUAAGUUUUAUAAUAUUGUCGCUAACACUCUGAACUCCUGGAUAACUACUCUAAAUGUAUUUUGUACAGUACUGUAGGCAUCAAGUCUCUUACUGAUAAUGUUGCAUAAAAAGUUGUAUCAUUUUCAUCAUCCAAUCAAAGUUAACAUAGGCCCUAAAUACCUUCAGUGUCCCAAUAUUCCUUAGACAUAUUAUUUAACAAUGUUGCAGGCCUUUUUUUUUAUUAUCAGACACCUGCUGGUAACUCUUAACUGGUGAGGUCAACUCAUGAGGUCUCCUCAGUAUCUGUCAACUAGGUUAGGACUCUUAUGACUAAAGAGGUUUCAUGCCUAGCUUUUAUUUCUACCCGUAAGAGUAAGAGUAAAAUGUCUCUAUUCUCAGCGCUUACGACACAUUUUCUACCCUGAGACGCUUUGUGAAUAUGGGCCCUGGAUUACGGAACAAUGGUCCUAGAAGUUACUGGAGAAUCCCGUGUUUUAAACCAUUUAUUUCAGUCUGUUGGGAAAUGACCGGGAAAGUGAGGGAGUUCAGAGGAGUGGGUCCACCUCCACUGAAAGCUGAAGACCAAAUGUGAAUAUUAGGUUAUCUUUACAAAGAUGGAGGAAGAAACAUAUGGUUUGAACCAAUAAGAUCACCCCCCCCCUAGAAUGAGCAUCCAUGUCAUAUGGACUGGGAUGAGCUGUUUGAUAUGGAUAACUGACUGCCGUGAACUCUUAACCAUUGCUAUCACGGCCAGCUGUGUUUUUAACGGUAUCGAUCAAAGUAUUGGACCAUGAUGCACCAGUGAACUUGUUCACACACAACUCUGUACCACGGUUUCAGUUAAACUGAUAUGAAACGAGGCACGCUUACUUUAAAUUGUUUAUCAUGUCUGUUUUAAAAAAAAAAUAUUUUGUAGUCAUUUUACUCGACAAUAUAUGGUCUUGUUAGUAACAAAUGUAAAUACGUGCUAAUCAAGAAUGAAAUUUGACGUAGUAGUGGUUAUAAAGUUGGUCGUAUUGUGCUAAGGUGUACAUAUUGUAAAUACCACAUUUUGAAGUGUUUUCUGAACCACAAAUUGUAACGUGAUAUUUUGCACUAUGGUAACAGAAGUAACAGAAAAGGUUAUCUACAGUACUGCAAAACAAAAAUUUAAAAAAAUCUGAAUAGUCUAAUGAUAAAGAACAUGUGUCAGAACAAUA